CCCCUUUCAUCUUCUCUAAAUCGAAAUGGCAACUCAGAGAGGAAAGCUCAUUUGGUCAAACGAAGAUGUUAGUAACAAUGGGCUGAAGAAGAAGUUCUUACUAUUGCUGACCUUACAUCAAGCCUUUUGGAAAUAAUAAUGUCUUAUCUUGGUUUAAAAGAUAACAUUCGUGCAUCCGCGGUCUGCCGAGCAUGGCGUAAAGCCGCUGAAUCAGUUCGGGUUGUGGAGAAGCAUCCAUGGGUUAUCAGCUUUCCGAGACAUUACGGCGUGACUAUUCUCUUCGAUCCAUUGGGAAGGAAGAGUUACACACUGAAUUUACCCGAGUUAGUUGGAACCGAUGUUUGUUACUCGAAAGACGGAUGGUUGCUUAUGCGAAGAUCCAGUUUAGUGGACAUGUUCUUCCUCAACCCGUAUACUAGGGAGCUUAUAAACUUGCCAAAGUGUGAGUUGUCCUUUCAGGCUGUUGCUUUCUCUUCGGUACCUACAUCAGGUACUUGUGCGGUAAUAGCGUUAAGACCUUUUACGAGAUUUAUCAUUCGUAUAAGCAUUUGCUUUCCUGGAGCAACUGAGUGGAUUACUCAAGAUUUUUCUUGCUCUCAUGGAUUUGAGCCGUACAUGCAUAGCAAUCUUGUCUAUGCCAAUGGUCACUUCUAUUGCUUCAGCUCGGGAGGUGUUUUAGUUGACUUUGAUCUAGCUUCCCGCACAAUGAGUCAUCAAGCAUGGAAUGAACAUAUAUGCCCUUAUAUUCAUAUGUACAAUGAAGAAUGGUUUAGUCUUAGGAAGAGAAUUUACUUGGCUGAGCAGAAAGUGAAAGUAGAAGCAAAAGCUUCAGAGAGAAAAUAA